AGAGAACUGUUUGGCAUUCUUUUUGUGGGAGGGGCUACAGACCUGUAUAUUUUGAGGCAAAGCCACUGAGAGCUUAGAGUGAGUUAUUCUGUGUCCAAGGUAGUAAGAAAUCAGGCACAUAGAAACAUGUCUGGGAAACCCAAGCUGUACUACUUCAAUGGACGAGGACGAAUGGAAUCAAUUCGGUGGCUAUUAGCAGCAGCCGGGGUUGAGUUCGAAGAAUGUUUUCUGGAAACAAAGGAUGAUCUGAUAAAGUUACAGAAGGAUGGAUCCCUCCUGUUUCAGCAAGUGCCAAUGGUGGAGAUCGAUGGAAUGAAGAUGGUGCAGAGCAGGGCCAUUAGCAACUACAUAGCAAUGAAGUACAACCUCUACGGGAAGGACCUGAAGGAAAGAGCCCUAAUUGAUAUGUAUGUGGAAGCAGUGAGAGAUCUGAACGAGUUACUCAUGACCCAUGCUUUCCAACCGGCAGAUAAAAAGGAGCAACAUUUUGCUAAUAUUGUGGACAAGGCCACAAACAGAUACUUCCCAGUCUAUGAGAAGGUUUUGAAAGACCAUGGACAAGAGUUUCUUGUUGGCAACCAAUUUAGCAGGGCAGAUGUGCAAUUACUUGAAACCCUUUUAAUGGCAGAAGAGUGCAAGCCUGAUAUACUUGCCAAUUUUCCUCACUUGCAGAGUUUUAAAGCAAGAAUAAGCAAUAUCCCCACAAUAAAGAAAUUCCUGCAGCCUGGCAGCCAGAGGAAACCACCACUACAUGAGAAAGAUGUACCAAAACUGAUGAAAAUUUUCCACUGAGCAGCAACCUAAACACACAGAAACUCUAUUUCACUGUCUUUGUGUUUGCUGAGAGUGGAAAAGUGAAAUUAAUUAAAAUAGUGAAAAGGUUUUUGCUCUCUUUCUUUAGCUACAGGACUAGUUUUAGCCUACUGCAAACAAUUCCAAGGUAAAUCCACAUAAGCAUACCAGCAAAUGAAAUAGUUCACUGUAUAAGGGGGUACACUGGACAACACAGGAUGUCUUAAAUUACUUAAGAGAAUACCUGAAAUAUAGUCUUACUAUUGACACUCAAAA